AUGGACCGAGUCCAAGAUUGGGUCACCGAUCUUCCUACUCCCGGAGUUAUUGCUGCCCCCUUACCUAGCCCUGUCGCGAGUCACCUUUCCCUCUCUUCAGGCAAAUCGAAUCCUCCUCCGUUGCGCAGAAAAGGAAACAUCACGCCCGACUUGCUUCCUGACAGGACUUAUCAGCACCAGCAUAAUCAUCACCAUCAUUCUUCGGAACAAAACCCCAAAGCAUCUAAACACCAACAGCAAUCGACCAUCACGGCGCGUCAACAACCACAGCAGGAUAUCACCACCAAUAUCCCGUCAGUCACUCGACCAUCUUUCGACAUUGCUUCUUGCCAGCAGAACAACGAGCUUACCAUUCAAUGGGCGGUCGCAGUCGUUCCCCCCACCCUUGAGACUGCGGGCUCUCAGCCCCAGAAGCAUCUGUUGGCGCUCAGCUUGACCGAGUCGCAAAUGACGAGGCUAGCGCAAGUCCAAAGUCUCUCUGAAGAUGGCGACACAGAGAGAGAAUCGCGCGGCCGCCAGGCUCCUCAGCCCGAAGUCCAUCAACCCGAGGCCAUCGCAUCACCGAAUCCAAAAGCCAAGGAGCACAAGACGCUCAAGCAGAGAUUCAGGUCUCUCUCUCCCGCUAAGAGAAGAAAGAACCAGCAAGAGGCUGCCGCCACCCCUUCCAGACAACGCUCUCCUUCGCCCACCAGAAGAGGCACGGGACAAAAGUCCUCUGAGCAGCGCCGGGUUAACCACGACUCCGAGUCUUACCAGUCACCUCAAACUGCAAGCAAGACGAGGCAGUUCCAUAAGCACCAAGUUUCGUGGGAUCGACAGUACGAAUCCCCCAAGCCUGUCAGCAAACAGAGACAGCAGCAAGAGUACCAACAGCAACAGCAGCAGUGCAUGUCCCCUCAACCCGCUAGCAGACAGAGGCAAGAGCAGCAACAGCAGCAACAGCAGCAACGUGCUGACGACGCCGCUACCGAGACCGCCGCGUUCCGCUUGGCUUCUCCGUCUCCCUCUAGGCAUCGUCAAGACCGCGCCCCUCUUGCUCCCAUCGAUACCGACAUUGCUCGUCUUCACGCCAAGGUCACGGCCCAGCGUGAACCCAUCGUCAUUCAUUACUCUCCUGAGCCUGACGCGCGAGUGGCUUCCCAGGCUGUUCAGAUUGUCGCCACAGACAAGUCCUCCGUCUACUCCCAGGAGAAUCAGGAGCCUGCUCCUGACCCUCGCUUCCGUUCCCAGAUCAGCCCGCUGCACAUCGUCAAGGACAACAACCAAGAGAACGAUAGCGCAUACUCCCAGACUCUCAGCAUCCUUCAGGAUUACGGCAACUGGAGCAACUGGGUCAACUCGGAGCCGGUUCAGAACAACCAAGGCCCAGAAGUUCCUCGCGCUCCCACCAAGCUAUCCAACCAUAGCGCCGACCGUCCUGGUACAGGACAAGGAACCAAUCAGUCCUCAAACGGAGCCACAGGCACCGAUGACUUCCACUACUCAGCCUUGACUCCUCUCUUCCCAGUCCAUAACAUCAACAAUCCCAACCGCAACAUGCGCAUGGCGUCGAAGACCUUGAUCGGCGAAAACGGCUGGUUGGAGUCCACAUCUCGUCCCUCAGACACCCAGAACCCAAAGCAACCCACCAUUGCUGCCGCUGCCGCCGCCACCUCCAACGGCCACAGCAAGAAACCUUCCAUCGCCACUCCCGUCCGCAAACCAGGCUUCCUCGACAACCUCGUCAAGAGAGCCAAAGACUUCGUCUCCGCUCCUCUGCCCGAGCAGAACGCCAACAACCAGCGCUCCUCCCACGAUUCCAACAAACCUCACUCGCCACGCACCUUACAAAUCAGUCUCACCCCGCGCGAACAAUCGCUUCUCUACUGCGAACUCGAAUUUCUUUUGACAACUCUCCUAAACACCUACAUAACCACCCAACUCUCGCUCGGCCUCCUCGACCACUCCAAGGCCAAGCGCGUCUCAGACACUUGGCAAUCAAAAGGCCGCCCGCGUGUCGUCGCCUUCCGAUACGAUCUCGAAACCCAGCUCGAUCUCGUUCGUCUACACGCCAACGACUUCAAGUUCUACGGCCCCGCGGCGGCCAACACAACUGCUAUCUUGGGUAUCGUUGACGGCGCCAAGACUGACGCAAGAGCGAUGCGCAUCAGGACGUUUUGCCAGCCAGACACAGUGGUGGCUAAGCAACUCGUCGGUGCGAAGGCGCUGUGCGGACUUCUGGGCGCCGGAGACACGGAAGAGAGGAAGUUGGGGGAGUGUAUAGGUUUUUUCAGGGCGGUGAUAGAGAGGGAGGUGCAAAAGGGGAUGAUUGAAGCCGGUGCUGCUGGUAAUAGCGAGCAGACAAGUGAACAGCUGGAUCAACAGCAACAGAGAGAGUCGGGAAAUACCACCGCUUCCAAUGGAGAUGGGAUCUGGACUCAGUCGCAGAUCCAGAUCCAGAGUCGGAGUCAGAGCCCGGUGAGACGUGCUGCUGGACAUUCAUCUGGUGAGUCGAACAAGUGGCAUCAGCCUCAUCAGCAUCGCCAACACAACACCGCACCCGGCCAUCCAAGUGCCAGCGGCGCUCAUGGUCAUCACCAUGCGCUUUCUAGCCCGGUUCGGUUCACCACUUUUGCUGCUGCUUCUGGUGGUGGUGGUGGUGGUGGACACUUGAAGGGAUCGCCGUCGCAGGGAAUCAUCAAGAUGGAUCCAAGCGCUUAUGAUGAGGAUGUCCAUCCAGGUUCCAAGAUCUUUUGA